UCAUCGGCUGCUUUAGCCUCGUCGUCCAAACCUGUUAGUCAGAAUGCUCGAUUCUAUUACUGUGAGACUUGUGAGAAGGAUUUCCAAUUCUCUGCUGUCGAAAUCUUGAAGCACAAGAAGAGCCAUCGAAGAGUGGAUUCCUAAAAGAAUGGCCACAACCAAGUUUAUUGUGCCUGAAGGGGUCCUCCCAUCCCACUUAGGACUAAUAGAUCAAUGUAAAACAGACACCUCACCCUUCAAAGUGAACGGGAUUAUUGGCCUUUAUGCUGAUGAGGAAGGUCGGCCCUACGUCAUGGAAUCCGUCAAACGUGCUGAGAUGGAAAUGGCCAAGGACGUCUUAGAAGGGAACCUUUUCCACGAAUACUCAACGAGCACAGGCAUCCGUGAAUAUACUAACUUCGCCAUGGAGAUCGCCUUGGGGCAAGGGAGCUUGGCCAUUCGCGAAGGUCGAGUCUGUGCUUUGCAAACAACAGGUUGUUUGGGGGCUCUUCGAGUGGCAAUGGAGAGUUUAUGCCAACAAUUACAUCGAACGGUCAUUUACUUUCCUCAGCAAACCUGGUUUCUACACGCAAAUAUUGCGAAUAAGAGUGGCUUUGAGGAUAUUCGUUAUUAUCGAUAUGUUAACGUGGCAACCAACUGCGACCUGGAUUUUGAGGGACUGCUCGAUGACCUCAAGAAAGCACCUGCCAAAGCUGUGGUGGUUCUUCAAGCAGUGGCCCAUAACCCCACAGGAAUCGACCCCAAUGUGAAGCAAUGGGAAAAGAUCCUUCAAGUUGUCCAGGAAAGAGAACUAUUCCCUCUCUUUGACAUGGCGUAUCAAGGGUUGGUCUCUGGAGACGUGGAUAAGGAUGCGUUUGCUCCCCGUCUGUUUGAACAAGCCGGAAUGGAGCUCAUGAUUGCGACGACUGGUAGCAAAAAUUUCGGCCUUUACUCUGAACGAACCGGAGCUUUGAUCAUCGUGUCAAAUAACCCGGACAAUGUCUCUUCUCUUGAAACCACUGUUGUAAAGCAAGUUAUACGACCUGGUCCCGGACUGUCACCAAUUCAUGGAGCUACGGUCGUCAUCCGAAUCCUUUCCGAUCCCGUUCUAAAAGAGCAAUGGAAAAUGGAGCUCCAAGCAAUCGCAGAUCGACUGAGGACUGUCAGAGUCAAGCUGAGAUCUCUCAUCGAGGCGCUUAAUCAGAAACCAAACUCUUGGAAGCAUCUAACUGACCAACAGGGGAUCUUCUCGUUCCUUGGAUUAAGUCUCGAACAAUGUCGAUACCUGAUUCACGAAAAGCGAGUCUACUUAUAUGAAAACAGUCGGAUCAACAUGGCCGCCAUUAAUAUGAACAAUGUGGAAUACGUCGCAGCAUCUAUUGUCGAAGCUGAACGUAUCUAAGAAGCACGAACGAAGGCCCCAUCAAAGACCAGCUUUCAUGCAUGUGACUCUCCUUGCUUCCUUUUGGUCGAUGUACAAUUAUAUUCGAUCAUACGUAGGUUAACCGUA